AUGGCCGCAGACCGAUGGGGUGGGGGAGACUUGGACGGAGGGGAGGACGCGUGGGGCCGCGGGGAGGCGGAGAGCGAGGGCGUGUGGGAGCGCGUGGUGUACCAGGCGGACGACAGGGGCGCGCUGGAGCGCCUCAUGAAGCGCAAGGGCGCGGCGGGUGGACGAAAUGCCGCGGGCCCGAAGCCUUUGAUUGGUGAACCACACGCCGCUGUCUCUGCACUUGGAGAGUCAGCAGCGGCAAACAGGGACGUGUCAGGAGUGAAAUUUGGGUGGCAGGGUUUGGCAGCAUCCAACGUGGCAGAGAAGGAAAGAGGUGACACGUGGCAGCGGGCCAAGUGGGGGCUGCGAUGGUUUGACUCGCCCACUGCCGAUGACUGGCGUGCCAUGCCAUGCCAUGCAUGCCCAUCUGCUAGCGUGCCAUGCCAUGCAUGCCCACCUGCUGUGCUAACAUGUUGUGUGCCCUGUGCUGCUCGCUGCCGUCCAAUACCCUCUCUUCCACAUGCCAUUCAUCCGUGCCAUAUCAUGCACACUCGCGCCCACGUCUGCCCAUCUAUUCGUCUGCCCAAGUCUGGCACGCCUUGUUACUUCCACGCCCGUGCUCCCUCUGCGGUGCAUCGUGUGUGCACGGCCGUCCCCUGCUGCCAGGAGGAUGGCUUCCCCGACGACCACGUGGACGCCCAAGCUGCACCCCAGGCUGCAGAUGCGACGAGGGAGGCUCAUGAUGCGGGAGAGGGGGAGGAGGCACGGGAGGCAGUGCAGGAGGGAGGGCGUGAGGGGGAGGGCGUUGAGGGGGAGUACAGCAGGCGCGUGGCGGAGGGGCUGCUGGCGCGCCUCUCCUUCAUGCCCUCCCCACACCCGCCGCCACCACUGCCACCGCUGCACCCACCAGCACUGGUGCCUGCCGCAUCGCCCCUACCUGCACCCAUGCCGGGGCGGGCGGCGGGCAAGGCUUCAGUGGGGCAUGCGAGGCAGGAGAUGCAGGGGCAGGCUUGGGCAGAAGGGCAGGGGCGCUCGCAGGGGGGAGAGAGGGAGGGCAGCAGGGGAGGAGGGGCGGUGGGAGGGUUGGCGCUGCAGCUGCUGCAGCUGACAGGCGCACCUCCGCCCCUGGCGCAUGGGGGAAAGGGGAGAGGCGGACAGUACCGAGGGAAGAAGGAGAAGGUGCGCGCCACAGCAGCCCCGGCGCCUACCAGCUCGCAGACAGUGCCAGCAGCGGCACCCGUGGUAUUGCAGCAGCAGCUCUCACAGCUGCACGCGUCUCAGCCACCGCAGGGGCACUCCACCCACCACUGCCAGCAGCAGUGUGAGCACGAGGUGCAGACUGAGGCAGUGCAACCGCCGUGUUACCAACCUCAAUCUCAGCAGCAGCAGCAGCAGCAGCAGCAGCAGCAGGAUUGUGUUAGGGGAGCUUUCGAUGGGCAGGUGCGGUAG